AUGUGUAUGCCAACAAAAGUGACAAAUCUAUUCAACUACCGUAAUACAUGCUUCAUUAUUUUAUUCGUCUGGUCCAUGGGAUUUGGUCACAUGGCACCAUAUUUUUGGAGAGACACUUGCUACAUGGUAUACGAUCCUGUUAGUUGGACAUGGGUUUUUGGAGAUACUCCUUGUACUUACGUGAUUUCCACUUUUACGGACAACUAUUCAAGUAUAGCUAUUUUCGUUGUGAUGAGUACUCUAGAUUUGUCUACUUUUGUCAUGCUAGUCCUGUACCGCCGUAAAUCUCAUUUAACAUCGGACAGUGAAACCAGAAGACGACGUCGUGUAGAAAUCAGAUUCUUCACACAGUCAUGCCUUCAAGGAAUCAUUUUCUUUUAUGAAGUAUUCAAUUUUUAUUACAUUGUCACUUUGAACACAAAUCAAUGGUUUGUAUUCAUGACAUCCACUAUUGCCUGGGAGUUGUGUCAUUGUUUAGACGGACUGGUGGUGGUGGUGUUUCAUUUCAAACGAAGCUUCCUUCGAAAGGCAUCCCAGCCGACUACGAUAUUCUCAAAAGCUAGUGAUAUCAAAAGCAAUAAAAAGUAG